AUGAUGUCUAAGUUAAUUAUAAUAGUUGUUAGUCUCUUUGGACUAAUUAGUGUAUGUGUUGGACAAGUAGUGCAAGAAGGACAGUGUGAUGCCAGUUUGGGGGUGUAUGAAAAUUUUGAUAUUUUAAUGUUUUUAGGAGAAUGGUAUGAAAUAGCUCGAACAUCUAACCCGAACCAAGAUGGAGACUGUGCAGCAUAUGAUUUCACAAUUGAUAGUAAUCAUGCCAUCGAUGUGCAAUACACUUCAGUCAGAAGAAACUUCUUGGAAGAAGCUACCGGAACAAUCACCCAAGAAGGCAACACUGCUAAACUUAAAAUGACACUGUCAUCAUUCGAAGAACCUGUUGACUUUUGGAUCCUGGCUACAAUGUAUGACACGUAUGCGGUCGCAUAUUCUUGUGAAAACAUCUCGCUAACGCAAAGAAAGAUUCAUAUAUGGGUGCUGGGACGAGGUACAACUGUCAAUGCUAUGUUUAUCGGCGUAAUAAAUAGCUUACUUGUAAAUAAUUUCGGCAUUAAUUAUUCGGAUCUGACCCAUAUUGAUCAUAGUCCUGCUGCUUGCUACGUUUUACCGACUAUUGAACCGGGCAAUCCUAUUAUUUUACCUGGACAAUGUGACGAGAGUCUACAUGUACUUUCAAACUUUAACGCUGAUGCAUUCUCAGGGUUGUGGCAUCAAAUAUCAAGCUACGAAAGCUCAAAUUCAGAUGGCACUUGUGUCAGGGCUGAAUACACGUUAAGCAGUGACGGGGUGGACAUCCUCAACAGUCAAGUUAUUAACCAGAGGCUAGUGACGAUUGAUGGGUCAGCAACAAUCAUCAGCACUGAUAACAGCGCAAAGCUACGAGUGGUGUUAAACACUCCUGGAGCUCCUUCAACAACCCAAGACUUAUGGAUCCUAGCGAGUGAUUAUGAAAACUAUGCAGUUUCAUACAGCUGUACAAAUAUUAAUUCGUAUGAAAAGAGAAUUUUCAGUUGGAUUCUUGGCAGAUCUCGUCAAUUGUCACCGCAGCACCAAACAGCUGUCGAUGAAGUAGUAAAUUCUUAUAUAGAACUAAACUACCAGUAUUACAAACCAACAGACCAGUCUUUUGAUGGUUGUUUCUUCUACCCAGAAGCGAGCGAUCAGCCCGUAGUAUUCAGAGGCCAAUGUGAAUCAGUCAACGUCCAAGCUAUGAGCGAUUUUAGUGCUAUUGAAUACAUGGGCAAAUGGCACAGUAUCCGGUCGUACCCGACAAGAUUCCAAGAUGGCACAUGCGUCAAUGCUUAUUACUCAUUAACACCUGAUGGCAUUAAUGUGUUGAAUUCACAAGUAAACAACUUAAGGCUUGAAACUAUGAGUGGAGUCGCAGUUCCUUCAUCUAAUGAUGGAUCUGCCAAACUUGUAGUCUCCUUUCCUGUUGCAGGAUCCGAUCAAACUACAUCUACUGAUUAUUGGGUCCUUGACACAGAUUACAAAAACUUUGCUUUAGUGUACAGCUGUCAAAAUAUUAAUGAUGACGAAAUGCAAGUGAACAGUUGGAUACUAAGCAGAACAAAAUUACCACCAGUAGAACAUGAACAACGUAUUAAUGAAAAAAUUAAUUCAGUAAUAGUACUAGACGAGAAGUAUUAUAAAUUUGACAAACAGACAGAAGAUGAUUGUUUCUACUUCCCUGACCCUGAACCUGGCGUUCCAGUCAUUUUUCCCGGACAAUGUGAUGAAACUGUUAAUGUAGUCCCUUCCUUUGACCUACAACAGUUCGAUGGUGAUUGGUACGAGAUCGAAUCAUAUCCUAACGCUCAGCAGAGUGGACACUGCAGAAACCACAAGGUUACCGUUCUCGAUAACUCUCGCCUAAAUUUGGAAUUUUCUUCCAUUUCGAAUCAAUUUCUACAUGUAACUAGUGGAGUUGUAACUCAAAGUAAUACCAACGAUGGAAAAUUAUCUAUUGAAGUUACUAAUGCCAAUGGAGAAGUUACAAAUAUUCCUUUCUGGAUUCUGGGUGUACAAUAUAAUGAUUAUGCACUGGCAUAUUCUUGUGUCAACAUCAAUUCAGACUUCAGAUCCGUUAAAAGUUGGAAGCUCAGCAGAACGAGACAAUUAACUGCAGACGCUGAUACAGCGAUCAACACUAUAAUAAACAAUAAUCUUGUAUUGGGCAAUGAGUACUUCGAGGAUAUUGACCAUUCUGAUGCAGCAUGCUUCUAUCUACCAGAAAUUGAAGCUGGUGAACCAAUAAUACUACCUGGACAGUGCGACACUACAAUAAAAGGAAUUCUCGAUUUCAAGAUUAACGAGUUUGCUGGUCGGUGGCGUCUAAUUGAGAGCUAUGGUUCAGAAUUUCAACGUGGCACUUGUAAUGAAGCAGAAUACGUAUUGCAAGCUGAUAACAGUAUCAGCGUAAUUAACUCACAAGUUAUAAAUGAGAAUUUGGAAAGUAUUACAGGGAGUGCUUCUGUUGCUAGCACAGAUGGAACAGGCCAUUUGCGAAUAUCAUUCCCAAACAGAGAAGAAUACUUCGACUUCUACGUACUCGACGUAAAUUAUGAGUCGUAUGCUCUUGGUUACGGCUGUGUCAACUUAGCGAAUAAUGAGAGGAGAAUUUACAGUUGGAAAUUGAGCCGUUAUAACACAUUGAGCCCAGAAGCAGUCACUAAAAUCAAUGCAGUAAUUGAUAGUGUUCAGGUUUUAAACAACGCUUACUAUUACACCAUUGACCGCGACGAUACAAGCUGUUUCUACUAUCCUAUUCCAAACCUUAACUCUUAUGUCAAGUUUCGAGGUCAAUGCGAUCAAAAUAUCCCAGUAGUCAAAAAUUUCGAACUUGAAAAGUACUUGGGCGUCUGGUAUGAUAUCCAGUCGUACCCAGGAGACUUCCAAGAUGGUACAUGUAACACUGCAGAAUACUCACCCGGGAAUAACGGAAUCCAUGUUUAUAAUACUCAAGUGAUAGAUCAAAGUCUUGUCUCUAUAAGUGGUAAUGCUGUGCUAGAACCAAGUAAUGAUGGAAGUGCCAAACUUAAAGUUACCUUCAACGUCGCAGGCACAGAUGUUACUACAGAUUACUGGGUGCUUUCCACCAACUACGAAUCGUAUGCGCUGGUUUACUCUUGUACCAAUAUUGAUGAUUACUACAUGAGAGUUUCUUCUUGGAAACUGAGCAGAGAAAAGGUUUUAGAAGCUACAGAUGAGACUGCUAUUAGCAACGCCAUGAACGAUAUAAAAGUUUUGGACCAGAGAUAUUUCGUAAAACGUGACCAAGACCCUGAUGGCUGUUUCUACUUCCCUGAACCACAACCAGGAGUGCCAGUGGUGUUCCCUGGACAGUGCGACGAUAGUAUUGCAGCGGUACCGAACUUCGACAUAAACGAAUUCGCAGGUACAUGGCAUGAAAUCUCAGCGUAUCCAAGGGCUAGCCAGUCUGGGCAAUGCAUCAGCCAACAAUUCACCCUCACCAACGACAACACCAUGCAUCUAGAGUCAUUCAGUGUACUCGACCAAUUCCAAUCGAGCACAGAAGGUACCGUCACAGUCGCUUCCACUGACGGUAGUGGAAGAUUGAAUAUCAAUAUUCAAUCCAAUGCAGAGCCAAUACCUUUCUGGAUCCUAAGCGUAAAAUAUGAUGACUAUGCGUUGGCGUACAGUUGUGUCAACAUCGAUAGAAAUUACCGAAAAGUCCACAGCUGGAAGCUAAGCAGGUCCAGAGAAUUAUCCAGUACUGGUAAUGCAGUCAUCAAUGACGCCAUGACAAACAUCGACGUAAUAGACGAUAGAUACUUCGAGAACGUUGAACAAACAGAUGAAGCUUGUUUCCAUCUUCCCGACAUAACACCCGGUGAAAAUAUUGUACUUCCUGGACAGUGCGACCCAACUAUUAAAGGAAUAGCUGAUUUUAGAAUUGCAGAUUAUGCCGGCCAGUGGCGCCUCAUUGAGAGCUACGGAUCCCCAUUCCAAAGUGGCACUUGCAACGUAGCUGAAUACAUAUUGCAAUCCAGCAACACUCUCGGCAUCACAAACUCCCAGGUUGUCAACGAGGUUCUGACCACUAUUUCUGGGACUGCCACAAUUUCUAGUACAGAUGGAACCGGACAACUUACAUUUAAUAUGAGAAAUCGAGAGUAUGUUAUGUUGGUAUUGGCAACUGAUUACAAAUCAUACGCACUGACAUAUGGCUGUGAAAACAUAGACAAUGACCGAAGAAGAAUUACAAGCUGGAAAUUCAGUCGCUAUAAUACCUUGACCACGGAUGCAACCAAUGCAAUAAACAAAGUAAUUGAAGAAAUCGAAGUAUUGCACCAGCCUUACUACUAUUCAGUAGACCGCAGACCUGAGGCUUGUUUCUAUUUCCCAGAAUUCAAUCCAAACUCUAACGUCAUUUUCCGUGGUCAGUGUGACCAGACUAUCGAAGCUGUUAAAGAUUUUGAUCUCAACAAGUAUAUGAAUUUAUGGUACGACGUCGAAUCUUAUCCAUCGGCAUUCCAAGACGGCACAUGCCCCAACGCACAUUACACUUUGACCGGCAACACUGUUUCUGUGCGCAAUAGUCACGUUGUUGACCAGACCUUAGUGACUAUCGAUGGAGUUGCUACACUAGCAUCUACAGAUGGAAGUGGAAAACUUAAAGUUACAUUCAAUGUACAAAAUACCGAAGUUACCACAGAUUACUGGGUGCUAUCCACCAACUACGAAUCGUAUGCGUUGGUUUACUCUUGUACCGAUAUUGAUGAUGACUACAUGAGAGUUUCUUCUUGGAAACUGAGCAGAGAAAAGGUUUUAGAAGCUGCAGAUGAGACUGCUAUUAGCAACGCCAUGAACGAUAUAAAAGUUUUGGACCAGAGAUAUUUCGUAAAACGUGACCAAGACCCUGAUGGCUGUUUCUACUUCCCUGAACCACAACCAGGAGUGCCAGUGGUGUUCCCUGGACAGUGCGACGAUAGUAUUGCAGCGGUACCGAACUUCGACAUAAACGAAUUCGCAGGUACAUGGCAUGAGAUCUCAGCGUAUCCAAGGGCUAGCCAGUCUGGGCAAUGCAUCAGCCAACAAUUCACCCUCACCAACGACAACACCAUGCAUCUAGAGUCAUUCAGUGUACUCGACCAAUUCCAAUCGAGCACAGAAGGUACCGUCACAGUCGCUUCCACUGACGGUAGUGGAAGAUUGAAUAUCAAUAUUCAAUCCAAUGCAGAGCCAAUACCUUUCUGGAUCCUAAGCGUAAAAUAUGAUGAAUAUGCGUUGGCGUACAGUUGUGUCAACAUCGAUAGAAAUUACCGAAAAGUCCACAGCUGGAAGCUAAGCAGGUCCAGAGAAUUAUCAAGUACUGGUAAUGCAGUCAUCAAUGACGCCAUGACAAACAUCGACGUAAUAGACGAUAGAUACUUCGAGAACGUUGAACAAACAGAUGAAGCUUGUUUCCAUUAUCCUGACCUGGGUCCCAAUGACCCCGUUAUAUUCCCUGGACAGUGUGAUCUUAAUAUUCCUGUUAUACAAGACUUCGACAUAAUAAAGUACCUGGGACGCUGGCGAUUACUUGAAUCAUACUAUUCAGAAUUCCAAGAAGGUACAUGCAACGCCGCUUCUUAUGCAGCGUCAUCUGAUGGCACACUGAUUGUAACUAACUCUAAAGUUGUUAAUGAACAACUGACUAGUAUUGUAGGCUCGGCUGUUCCACUUGCCAGUGAUGGAAGCGGCAAACUUGUCGUCACUUUCCCUGACCGAACACCCACUGAAUACUGGAUAUUAGCAACUGACUAUGACUCAUACGCGCUGGUUUAUACAUGCGUUAAUCUACCCAAUCAUCAACGAAGAGUGUGGAGCUGGAAAAUGAGCCGAUUUAGUACAUUGCCACCAAGUGCAACUACAGCAAUUAAUGACGUAAUUAACAACAUAGAUGUUCUCGAUGAGCGUUACUAUCAAAAAAUUGAUCGAACGGAUGCGAGUUGCUUUUACUAUCCCGCAGUUGAUAGCGACUUUGAUGUAAUUUUCCCUGGACAGUGCGAUGACAGCAUAGACGCUGUUGAAAAUUUCAACCCUCAGGAGUAUGAAGGUACCUGGUUCGAUAUUGAAUCCUACCCAACACGGUUCCAAAGCGGAACUUGUAACACCGCUGAAUACUCUCCUAAUCCCGAUGGUACACUUCAAGUGGUAAACACCCAAGUAUCCGGGCAAAUUCUGCAAACUACAACAGGAGUUGCUUAUCCCACUAGUAAUGAUGGAAGUGGCAAAUUUGAUGUCACACUAACACAAAGCAAUGGCAAUGUUGUUACUACAAAAUACUGGGUGUUGGCCACUGAUUAUACUUCAUACUCACUAGUGUAUUCUUGUCGAAACAUCGAUGAUGAAUUCAGAGCAGUUCACAGCUGGAAAUUGGGUAGAGGUACUUAUUUACCUGACGAUGCACAAGCUAAAAUCAAUGAAGAGCUUGACAAAGUACAAGUGCUAGAACAAAAAUAUUAUGUUGAGAGAAAGCAUAGUGACGAAGACUGUUUCUAUUAUCCUGACAAUAAUGGUGGAGAUGUCAUUUUGCCUGGACAGUGUGUUCCUGAUGCUCAGGUGCCAGCAGUCACCGGUUUCAAUUCUGCAGAGUUUGCUGGAACAUGGCAUGAAGUAGCCAGAUUCCCGUCAGAUCUGCAGAAUGGAGAAUGCUCAGCAACUGAAUUUACCCUAGUUGAUGGUAACUUCAACAUAGUUAAAACCAGUGUCAUUGAUGAGGCUCAGUUGAGUACAGCUACAAGUGGUACACUGGCUACAGACGGUAGAGGAGUCAUCUAUAAUAUAAAUAUCGAUGGAGUGCCAUUUAAUAGCAUCUACAUUUUACUAACUGAUUACAAUGAAUAUGCAUUGGCGUAUAGUUGUAGAAAUCUCGACGCAGAAAGAAAACAAAUUUACAGUUGGAAACUGAGCAAAUCUCGCGCAGGAUUAUCAGAAUCAGCUCACUCAGCCAUCCAAGAACACGUUAGCAAUAACAUCGAUUUGUUUGAGGGAUACUAUCGCACUACAAAACAGGACAACACAGCCUGUUUCCACUAUCCAGAGUUCGACCAGCUACCAUCAUCCAUAGAAUUGCCAGGACCCUGUGAUGCAUCUAUUAAAGGAAUCGCUAAUUUCGAUGGAACUGCGUUCUCUGGAAAAUGGUUCGAAGUCGCCAGAUAUCCGCAACCAAUACAAACAGGUCAAUGUAACAGUGCCGUGUACAAUAAUAGUGGAGACGUCAUCUCAAUUGUAUCGACCCAAGUUGUAAAUGAAAAACUGCUUAUUUCACAAGGAAAUGCUAAUAUAGCUAGCACUGACGGCUCUGGUUUACUGGACGUAUCUUUGGGUGAUGGUGAUGAUAAUAUAGAAGCAAAAUUAUAUGUGCUGGCAACCGACUAUAUCAACUAUGCUAUUCUAUACAAUUGCAUCAAUUUGGACAACGGAAACAGAAGACGAGUUGGAAGUUGGAAACUAAGUAGGUCUGGAACACUGAGUCCUCAGGAUAACGAUGUUAUUAAUGAAGUGGUUAGCAGUACACAAGGUCUAAUAAACAAAUAUUACCUGCACACUGAUCAGAGUGAUGAAGCAUGCUUCCACUACCCUGACCCCUCUGAAAGUGAAGUUAUAUUACCUGGCCAAUGUGAUGAGUCAAUUUCUGGAGUGUCAUCCUUUGAUAUGGAACGAUUCCAAGGAACCUGGUAUCAGAUCGAAAGAUAUGAUGCUGUUCAAACCAGCUGUAUCGGACUCAAAUUGACAUCAUAUAACUCAGAAUCAAAUGAAUUUGAAGUUCUUUCAUAUGAAGUUUCUGAUGGAGAAUUGUCUACUGUAGAAGGAACAGGUCAACUUUCCACUGAUGGCACCGGAAGAUUAUCUGUUGUGAUGUCUGAAGGAAAUUCGGCGACAACCAUCCUUAUAUUGUCGACUGACUAUGAGAGUUAUGCGGUAGCGUACAGUUGCAGCAACUUAGGUGGCUCUCAACGACAAGUUCGCGCCUGGCAGUUAAGUCGAACAAGGUCUAUGUCACCAGCUGGCGUAACAGCCAUUGCAGGUCUGAUAGAACAACGACAAGAGCUCCAUCAACCAUAUUUCAAAUCAAUCCCGCAUGACAAUGAUUGUCUCGAACCCAGUUCAGCAUUCCUGUUCAAGAGCAGUAUUAUUGUGAUCUUUGUUUGCGCUGUUUUACAAUUAUUAUUGUAA